AUGCGCAUACGCCCCAUCCAAACCCAAACUGAGCUUGUUUUGUCCUCGCUCUGGGGCCUUGUUCAACUUCUCCUCAACCUCCCUAACCCUCCCGUCCCACUUCUCCCACCUCAUCUCCUGCUUCUUAAGCGAAUGCUGCACCCCAUCAACAGCUUCGUCCACAUACUCAUAAACUUCAUUGACAACCCCUCCAACCCUCUUCCCCAUCUUGCUCAAUUCUCUCUAACUCGAGAACCCGCCUCUCUAAAUCGCUAUGCGCUGCAGAGGAAGAGUGCGGUGUGGGAUAAUGCACCAAAUCAUGCAACUCGGCCAUACGCAGGGUGGUUCCGUGGAGUCUGGGAGGGGAGGAAGGAAAAUAAGCAAAACGAUGAGGAGAAGGUUCUUGAUGUGAUCACCCCCCAUGAGCCAAUUCCCGAUUGGCGAAACGAGGGCGACUACAACUGCAAGGUCGAAUUUGUGCCAUGCGCCGGGAGUAACCUCCUGAGGUGGCGUCUUAUCCUCAUCCUCCUCAUCCUCAUCACUCGACGUCCAACUCUCAUACUCCGUUUCGAGGCUCACAUCCGCGUCCUGUUCCUCCCCGUCUUUCCCUCUCAAAAGUUCUUCCGAAGCGAGCGAGUUCAAGGAGGACGCGCAGUCGUUUUCCAGUUCUGUGUAGUCUGCCAAGAGGCGAGCUUUACCAUUCUACGGUGGCUCCGACUUUUACACGUCCACAAUCGACUUGAUAGAGCUGUCUGCAAAUGGACUUGUCUUCGAAAUUGA